UUUUAUCUAAAGUUAUUUUAUUCCUUCGAAAAUUUGGCGCAACUCACAGAGAAUUAUAGUUAAAUACUCAAUCAAAUAUUCAGCUAUGGAUUACUCCCACAUCAGAUAAUUCUCCGGUUAUACAAUGGCUUCUGACGACAAUGUGGUAGUCAAAGAAGUCGAAGACUACUUCCGGUUAUACAAAAGCGGCCGCGUUGAGCGUUUCUAUGACGUACACGGCUCCUUCUACAUUCCGCCGUUGCCAGAAAACCCAACUUCCGGCGCUUUAUCCAAAGACAUCACUAUCUUACCCCACGUCUCCGCCAGACUCUAUCUCCCGGAAAAUACCACCACCGGCCAAAAACUCCCCGUCUUAGUUUAUUACCACGGCGGCGGGCUUUGCAUUGAAUCCGCCUUUUUUACUUGGACUCACCGUUACGUCAACUCUUUAGCUUCCGAAUUAAAUGGCGUUGCUGUUUCAGUAGAUUACCGCUUAGCCCCAGAAGUUGAUGUGCCAACGAUUUACGAAGAUUGUUGGACUGCAUUUCAAUGGGUCAUUUCACACGCAGAUGAAAAUUCCUCUAGUACUAAUAAUAAAAACUCGUGGUUAUCAAAUUAUGGUGAUUUUAGUAAAAUGUUUUUAGUUGGGGACAGCGCCGGUGGCAAUAUAGUGUACCACAUGACUAUGAGGGCCGGCAAAGAAAUCUUGAAUAAUAAUACGGUGAAAAUUACCGGAUCGAUUUUUGCGUACCCAUAUUUCUUAAUUCGAGAUAUAGAUAUUGAUGAACAAGGUUUGGCUUAUAAGAUUUGGGUCAAUAUUUGUCCGCCAUUAGAGUCCGGGUUAUUAUCCCCAAUUGAUAGUCCAUUGAUUAACCCGCUUUGUGAAAAAGCUCCUUCUUUAUACGGGUUAGGUUGUUCAAGGAUUUUGGUGUGUAUGGGAAAAAAAGAUGAUGUAAUUCCUUUAGGAAUUGGGGUUCGAUUUGUUGAAGGUGUGAAGAAGAGCGGAUGGGAUGGAAAAUUGAAGUAUCUUGAGGUUGACGAUGGACAUUCCUUUCAGAUUUAUAAACCUGAAUCUGAAGAAGCUAAGCAUAUGAUGAAAUGUUAUGCUGCUUUCAUCCAUCGCUAGUAAAUGUGCUCGCAAAAAGUAUUUUGCGUUCAUACAAAUUCGAAAAAAGAUAGCACCUUCCUGUAGGACAAACAAAAUUUGCUACACCCGUGUGUUGGAUUUGGAAUUUUUUUUUUGUUUGCUUCAAUUAUCUUUUUUAUCUUGAUAUUAAAUUGUUGUCACUGAUCGAU